UUCACUGUCAGUAUGGCUUUUAGAUUUUCAGUCCAAUUCGAUGUUGAAAUUAUUUGUUUAUUUUGGCCUGAUAUCAGUUUAGAUUUUCAUUCCCACAUUAAAUGAUCCGUCACUGGAAUGGACUAUUAAUCAAAUGGAAUAUGUGUUUCUCAUACAAUGAACUUUACUCCGGUCUUAUCUUUUCCCAGCACUCUGUAGAUGCAGUGAAUGCUGGUGUCAGUCCUAUCGGAGACACAUCAUACAACUCCAGUCACUGGGACUUGGGGAGCUCCUUUUUCUUCGCUGGAACUGUGAUAACCACAAUAGGUUACGGCAACAUCUCUCCAAGCACAGAGGGAGGAAAGAUUUUCUGCAUCCUUUAUGCAAUUUUUGGCAUCCCACUCUUUGGCUUUCUUCUGGCUGGUGUUGGUGAUCAACUAGGGACUAUUUUUGUGAAGAGCAUUGCUAAAGUGGAGAAAAUGUUCAGGCGCAAACACAAUCAAAUAAGCCAGACCAAGAUUCGAGUGGCCUCUACAUUGCUCUUUAUCUUGGCCGGCUGCAUUCUCUUCGUCACCAUACCAGCCAUCAUCUUCAAGCACAUUGAAGGAUGGACCGGGCUGGAGGCGAUUUAUUUCGUGGUCAUCACACUGACAACUGUUGGGAUCGGAGAUUAUGUUGCAGGAGGCAACAGAAGAAUAGAGUACCGUAAAUGGUACAGACCACUGGUGUGGUUCUGGAUCCUGGUUGGACUGGCUUACUUUGCUGCAGUUCUGAGCAUGAUUGGAGACUGGCUCAGGGUGCUUUCUAAGAAGACGAAAAUGGAGGUGGGUGAAAUUAAGGCUCAUGCCGCCGAAUGGAAGGCCAAUGUCCGUGCAGAGCUCCGUGAGACCAGGCGCCGACUCAGCGUGGAAGUUCACGACAAACUGCAAAGGGCCGCCACCAUUCGCAGCAUGGAGCGCAGGCAGCUAGGUUUCGACCAGCGGGCCCAUUCCCUAGACAUGCUGUCCCCUGAACGUCGAGCUGCCUUCAACAGCCUGGACACCACCAAUUACAAAACAUCCUCCCAGGAGAGCAUCGACACAAAGCUCAACAACCUGCGUCUACGAGUUGAGCAGAAUGAGCAUCGGCGGAGCGACCCCAGCCAGGCGUACUCUGAAGAUAACCUUUUCAAUCGCCUUGGUUCAGUCACAAAACUAGCCAAACGGAACAGGAACAAAGAGUUGAGGAAAAACAUCCCAGACGACGGUCGGAAAGCCUUAGAUUCCUUUUCCUGUAAUACUCCUACAAUGGAUGAGGAGAAGAAAGAGGCCGAGGACGAGGAGCUUGAGAAAGAGGUCAACACCAGUCUCACUGACUUACCUCUCUUUGUGGAGAGCCCUAAUAGACAAAACGGAUUCAUGCCUCUACCGCCACAGACCAAAGAGGAAGAAAACGAGACAAAACUUGAAGAAAAAGAGUUCCAUUUGCAGAUGGAGCCCUAGAAGGAACCGUGUAAGAAAAUAACAUAUGCCUAAAGUGCCUUGUUUAGCCCUUACCCUGAGCUGGGAUGUGAGAAUCUCAAUUUCUGCUGUUCAUUUAACUGUUCACUGUGUCCUGAUAACUUGAUAACAGAAAUAUGGCGACAGUAGCACUGGAAGACAGCUAGUUCUUUUCUUCAGACCGCUAAAAAAUGCUUGUAUAAGUUUGAAAGAAUCUCUCCCAACGUCCUGGACAAAAUUCGUAGCAAGCUACAAUGGCUGUUUGUUUCACUGCUUCACUUUCAGUGUUAUGUCUGCCAGACUGUACUUGUCAAGUACAUUUGUUAAGAAGCAUAACUGCUUAAAAACAAUGUCUGUCAAGAUCCCCCACCCAUUCGAAAUGAAGAAACCUACAUUGAGACUUGAAUCCCCUAUGAUCAACGAUUAUAAAAUUCUUUGAAUAUGAAGAACCCAUGUUAAAUUGGUGACACGUCAUAUAUGCACGGAGCUCAACUGUCUUGUAAAACAAGUCGUUCGCAUCAAUAUGUGAUCCAGAUUCAUGAAGUUAACCUAUGAAAUCUCAGGGCUUGUAGUCCUAGUGUAACUGUCAAAUUGUACGGUAUGUCUGACAUACAAUUUUCUGUGCUCUCAUGAAAUAUCUAAAACUGUUGCUUCAAAGUACUGUUUUCAUAGUUUGAAAUUUUAGGACAAUGGGACAAAAGAGAAGCCAUAAGGUAGAAAGUCAUGGUAGAUGUCAUUUAAGCUAGAAUAUCUAGUAGAGUUUAAGCACAAUCAACUGAACAUAUCCAUUUAUUUCAUUUAAAUGGACAGUUUACCCAAAAAAUGGGUUUUGUCUAUUUUUCUGAAGUCAGUAAGAUACAAAACAACACGUUGAUGCCAUUUUUGGGUGUACUGUCCGUUUAAGCCAUUGUCAAGUAAGUGAUUUCGGAGAAGUUGAAACUAAUCUAAAAAAUAUCUUGUAGCCUAUCACCAGUAAGGGGUGUGUCCACUCAUGAUGGGGGAGGUGCCUGUUGCAUAGCAUGGCCAAGUUAACAAGAUAGUAUGUGAUCCUUUUGGGUAGAGGCCUGUGUUUUUGGUCAUUUCAAAUAUCAAGAGUUUCAGAAAUCAGAAAUCGCUUAUUGCACCUUUAUUUAAUUGACUGAUGGUGCUGAUUACACAAAAUAAUAGCAUAUUCACAAUGUUACGUUGAUUUGUGAGUGAUCAGGGUAAAAUCUUGACUCGUUUGAAGUCUACUAGACAUUCUGUAUGUGAAUGAAAGAAAUAUGGCAUACUUAUGUAAUAGCUUUAUGAAAGUAUAGGAUGCAGUUCCAUUUAGGAUUGACAUGGAAAUGUUAAUCUUUUUUUUUUUUUUGCCAAAAAACCUUGCACUUUUUACAAGUUUCUGUGUUCAGUUUAUGAUUUUCAUAUCUUCUUUUCCAGAAUGUUUCUGGAAUAGACUUUUGAGACACCACUAAACAAUAUUGUGCUAAUCGCCUGGGAGCGUCUGACGUAUUUGUGUGUGUGUGUGUUUGUGUUGAAACCAAAUACAGCUUUGUCUGAUGUGAUUGUUGUCUUGCUGACUGUAUUUAUGAAAACUCCCUGAGGCAGACACAUGUAUCAGUACCUCAUUCCCACCAACUCGCAAACGCACACAUACAUACACUUACAGCUGCAGCAAAAUGCUUGUUGUUGAGCUAAUGUUAAUUACUCUUUUCAUGUUUGCAAUAGUCUAGAGCGAAUGCAGCAACGGACUGAAUAUUUCUGAUAAGGAAAAAAAACCUAUGAAAAUGUAAAGCAUUUUAAAGCAUUCAAAACUAUUAAACACAUGGAUCCCUAAAGCAUGCUAUUGUGCUAAUAUGUUAUCAUGCUAUGGUAUUGAUUGUACCACAAACAUGCUUCUUGAGACUUUGAAAUGUCCAUGUUUUGAGCUCUACUUCGGGCUGCACAUGCAAGUAAAUUCCUGUUCGCAGUAUCUGCAGUAUCUUGUGCAACCAUUACAUUCAAUGUAGUGAGUGCCUUUUGGAAAUAAACACAGUUGAAC